AUGAAUGGAUUCAUGGUAAAAUUACACACAUAUAAUGAACAUACAAGGGAUGAAAUUCACAACUCCUUCGAAAAUAUGUUUGGUGAGGUGAAAAAGAACAAAGAGAUAGAUGAGUCAAAAAGAUGUAAGAGAAGAUCAAAAUAUAUACUCACGAAACAUUAUGUGGAUACAUAUAUGACCCCGUUUUUAAUAAAAAAUGAGGAGAAUUGCAUAUUCCAUUGUGUGAUUUGUCAAAUGGAUAUAGCGAAAGGUUCCACUACUAGCAGCAAUCAUAUUAUCACGAACAUUGGUGAAAGUUCUUCCUGUAAUUCAAAGGAACACGUUAAAGUUCAGAAUAAUACACUACAACUGGAAUUUCACGGGUCUAAUAUUUAUUUUGAAAAUAUAGAAAAGGAAGAAUUCAAAAUCAGAAGAAACGAACAAAAUAAGAAAUUUAGAGAAUAUAAAAUAAGAAACCAAGAUGUGCUUCUGGUUUAUGGAAACUUCAAUUAUACGGAUAAGGGCUCUCAAAUGAAAAGAAAAAAUGACAUCAGUGGCUUAUAUCAACUUUUAAAAAAAAACAAACACAACAUAAAUAAUGCAUUCAACUUGGUAGAAGGUAAUUUUAUCCUUAUUUAUGUUUGUUACUCGUGUGAACAUGUCAAUUUAUAUUUUUUUAAUGAUUCAUGGGGAAUGAAAUCCUUCAUCUUCUUUUAUGAACAAAACUCAAUCAUAUUAACAAAUAUGUAUGGCUUAUUUAUUAAUUACAAUUUUAAUUUUAUAAAAUAUGAUAAAUUUAAUUACUUGUUUGACGAUUCAUCUGUUAAGGAAGAGCUCAAUUUGAUUCAUCACGAUGGAAUAUUUAGAAAAAACGACAGAUUAAAGGUUCCCAAUUGGACUAAGUACACAGCACAACAGAAACAACGACAAAUUAUGAACUCAGCACAUGGAACAUUUAGCAAGACUGAGAAAUGCACUAUAAAUGAAAAAGUAGGCAUACAGAUAAACCCAUAUCAUAUUUACAAUUUAUCACUAUUCGACAGAGAUAAAAUUUAUGUGAAAAAGUUGUGUAAGCAAAAUUGCAUUUACACAAACGGCAAUGAAUGGAAUAACGACAAUUUGUCAGUUACAGAAAAUUUCCAGAAUUUGUGCAACUUUUUCGAGCUCCAGAAUUUAUUUCAUCCUUACAGGGAUGAGGAAAAAUCUUUCUUUAAGGACGAGCUUAAUAGGAUUGUCAUGGAUUAUCCAAACAUGAAUAGCAGCGAACGCGCUUGUGCCCAAACGGUGAUAAACAACAUGUUCAUCAACUUGCACUUGAACUUGUUAAGUAGCGUUAUUCAGGGAAAGAUUGAAGAGUUUUUCACCUCCCCAAGAGGGGAAGACAUAUCUGUAGAAAACCACCUAAACUGUGCAGGUAUAGCAGAAAAUGGGGAAAACCGCCUGAACUGUGCAGGUAGAGCAGAAAAUGGGGAAAACGGAAAAAGGGAAUUGUCCCAAAAUGCGCCAUUCAGAAUGGACACGGACAAACGGAAAACCAAAUCAGUAGGAAUUUUCUUCUCUGGAGGAAUAGAUUCAACUUUGCUGGCAAUAAUAACGAUUAGAAAAUUUUUCCACGUACAUGCAGAAGGGUAUAUAGAACUAAUUAAUGUGUGUUUUAAUGACAAUGCAAUUGACAGGUACACGUCUCUAAUAUCUUAUGAAAAAAUCAUUACCAUAUACCCAGAAUAUGAUAUCAGACUGGUACUCAUAGACGUAACUCCAACAGAUUUAAUAAAAAAUGAACGAAUAAUAUUUUCAUUAAUAUCACCAAAUAAUACAACAAUGGAUUAUAACAUAUCAUCAGCUUUAUUUUUUGCCAAUUUGGGAAAAGGGGUUCUUUGUCCCCCAUCCUUUUUUAAACGCCCAGAGUGGGCCUAUAUAAAAGGGAAGGUCUUCCACACCCUCAACGUAAAUUUGGCUAGUCAGAUAGGAUCGCCAUCAGAAAAUUACAGUAAAGUGGGUGAAGAAGUGGGUGAAGAAGUGGGUGAAGAGGUGUGCGAAGAAGUGUGCGAAGAAGUGUGCGAAGAAGUGGAGGAAGGCAAGGAAGAGCAACGACGUGGAGAAGAUGUAGACACCAAGAUGAAGAAUAAAUGCAAUGUGUGCAAUUUUGUCAUGAAUAAGAAAUGUGUACAUAAGUGCUGUUCUUGCUGCUGUAGAAAGUUAAGAUACGUUUAUAGAAGGGAAUUCUGUUCAAAGGAAGAGAAACCGCUUGAUGAGUCUCACUUCAGGGCAAAGACGAACGAGAAGAAUCCAUCAGAAGAGGUACAAAAUGAAAGAGCCCACUUAUACCAAAUAAAGAAAGACAAAAACACCGGAGAAAUAUACAUUUAUUUAGUUAUAAAAAAGAAAAUAGUGUUAAUAAAUUUUGAAAUAUUUCCAGAAUGUCCAUCACACAAGGGGAGAGUAUAUGACUAUGAAAAAAUUACUUCACUGUUCCUCCAGUUCAACAAAGAGCUAAAGACACAAAAGGAUACAAAAGUAGGAAAAGGAAAAAACAUUGAAAAAUGUUCUACGCUUUACCAGCAGUACAGUGAGCUAAAUGUAAAUACCUUAAGAACCAUGUUUGAUAGCGAAUUUUAUGAGAUGGGAGAGAAAUCUAGCCAAGGAGAUGAACAGAAGCAAAAUAAAAAAGUAAAUGAAGACUUGAUCAUAAUUUCAAAUCGGCCAAAUGAAGGGGAAAAGGAAAACUCAGUUGAUCAGAGUCUAAAGACCAAGAGAGAAAAUAAUUUUAUUGAACAAUUUGCAGCCGAACACGCGGAUAGAGAUAUCCAAAUUUUUGAAAAAAUAAAAAAUUUAUUUUCUGUUAAUAAAAAGAAAAAAGACAACCAGAUGCAGAAGGAUAAAAUAUUCGCUGAUCAGUAUUCUGAAAAGGAGGAAGAAAAAUUGAAUUAUCUGAGCAGGCAUGUGUACAAUGGUUCUACUGGCACUGCUGCCACUGCUGCUACUUCCACUUCGGUUACCGCUUCGAACUUGCUAGCAAAAGAAGGAGUGUAUGAGUGCACUCACCAACUUUUAAUUAUAGGUAGCGGGGCUGAUGAACUGUAUGGGGGCUACUAUCGUCAGAAUAAUGGACAAGUUAAAAGUAAAACUAUGAGCAAUACAUAUUUCAAGAAAAAAGAAAUGAUGAAAGACGUAAAGAGAAUAUGGAAUCGAAAUUUGUAUCGAGAUGAUCGAAUUUUAAGCUUUACUAGUACAUGUAACAAACAUAUCUUUUAUCCAUACUUAGACAUGAAAUUGGUAAACUUCUUAUUUAUGAUGUCCUUUUAUAUCAUAGAAUCUCCUAUUGGUGAAUUAGAUGUGAAGAUAUCACAGGGGAAAAACUUUCAGAAGGAUAAACACUCGAAUGGUAUAUCAUCCUCAAAGAAUCAUCUCCUGUCACCAAUCUUGAUAGAAAAAGACAGAAACAGAAGAAUCGAAAAUAUUUAUUGUCCUUUUGAAAACAUAGACGAAUGCUAUGAAUUAUAUGAAAUUAUACGUACGUAUAGAAUUAAUAAAUGGGUUUUACGAAUGGCAAUUUUUUUCACAAAAUGUAAGGAAUUAAUGUUCUUUAAAAAAAAAGCUAUUCAAUUUGGUUCAAAAUCGAAAGAUGUUAAAAAGUAUAUGCGAGAAUACGUAGCUCCUUCGUGCAGUAGCGACACGGCAGGUGGGUUCACACCUGGGCAGAAACAGAUGGGGAAGAAAAAGAAGAAGAAAAAGGAGCCGGACGAUAUGAACAAAACGAGCGAAACGAACGAGCGUAGCAUUACUACUGUACCAUUUUUUUACAGUGACAAAAAAAUAAAGGGAACUGACUAUUAUACCCUUCUGUAUUGA